AUGAAUUCACCUUGUACAACGCCACAAGUAAUACGACGAUUAUUCGAAUUAUAUUCUGUUCUAUCUACUCAUCACACCUCAUCCUAUGCUAAUAAAUACAUUUCAACUUAUUUACAGAACACGUCAGAUUCGUCAUUAAGAAAUUCAAGAUGGCUGAUUUUAAAUAAAAAUAGAGAUCCCAAGCGAUUUGGUAAACACAGUAGAGAUAGAGAUCAAUUACUAUGUUCUAAUCCAAUACAAUUUGGUAUUAAUGAAAUGCUAGAUACAAAAUCGCUAUUUAGAACUAAAAAUCAAUUCCAUACGAGUAAAGAGAAUUUAAUUUCAAAAUACCCCAAAGGUAGGAAGAAUGAUAAUGUAUACAUAAAUGACUUGAAAUCGCUUAUUGAGGCUUCAUUCAAUCCAAAGAAAUCAAUACCUUUGGUACAAGGACUUAGACAAACUUUCAAAUAUUAUAUUCAACGACUAAAUAGUAAUACCAAUACUAUGAUAAUUUUCAAACAAAAUCAGAGAUUAUUUUCUUCCUCCGCAUUAGAUAAUUGGAAUCAAUCAUAUUUGGAACUAAAAACUUAUAUCAAUAAAUUGAACCUUGAGAAUGAUGUGAAAAAUAAAGAAAAUUUUGAAUUUAGUAAAGUUGUACACCCAGAUAUUUUGAAUUUGGCUUUGAAAAGUCAUCAAUUAUUUCAGGAAACUAAUAAUGUUGAUAGAAAAAUUGAUCAAGUCUCAUGGAAGAUCAUAGAUGAAACACCGAAUGAUUUAGCGGGGCGGAUUAUUGACAAUCAGAAAUUCACUCUAAUUGAGCAGAACAAAGUAAUUGAUAUGAACCAAAACACGGGAAAGCUCAAACUAGAAAUCGGUGAUGUCUUUGAUCUUUACAACAAGUUUGGAAGUCACGACAUGCAAUUUCUACUUCAAGAUUUUGACUAUGAUUUACUAUAUAACCAAUUUUUUAUGUUGAAUAUCUUGAAUAACACCAAAGUUGAUGAAAAAAAAUUAUUACAAACGUUGGAGGUUAAACUCCCAGAUUUUGAACUUAUCGGGAUCAAACUGAAUAAAAGUAUAGAAGUAGGUUUAAAAUAG